UUCUAGACACCCUUGUUUCAUUCGCUGUGAACCGUCCAACCGUUUGAAAGUGUUAUGUCUGGUGAAACUGGCGGACAUACUAUACAGCAGUUAGCUUCUAAUCAAUCAUCAACUACCGCAACACUUCCCCAAUAUUCGGUUCCGGCUGCGCAAGUAUCGGGAGCAUCAAAAUACACCCAGUUAUUGAGUGUGAUUGAAGAACUGGGAAAAGAUAUCCGACCAUCGUAUACAAACAAUAAAAUUUGUUCGGAACGUUUGAAGCGAAAUAUCAUCCGUGCUCGAAUCCUUGUACGAGAAUGUCUAAUAGAGACUGAUCGAUGCGCUCGACAGCAAUAAUUUGUUACAAGUUUUGGGAUUAUACCAACCCUUAAACUAAAUCUUUAGAUUUCGAAAUUUUGGUAUCAAUAUGCAGUCCCGCUCACUCGUCCUUCAUGAAAAACCCGCUGCUCUGGAAUUCACAGAGAAGAAAUCACUGAAAUGUAUCGUUGCAACUUAUCAGCUACAUGAUGAUAAUACUCAUUCCGGUAGCAUAUAUAAAUUGCACGGAAACAAAGUGGAUAAGCUAAUCGUUUUACCUGGAGGAAUUUUUCGUUUUGCUGUACAACCCGAUGGACACAUCAUUUCUACUUUGACAACUGGAUCAAUUGGUGUGGUCAGCAGUGAUUUAGACGCUGUGCAUGUUCUACCAGUGACUGAAAAGGGAUUUCUACUUGCGCUUGCAAUCUGCGGAAGUUCUGCGCUCUGCUCCGAUGUUAGUGGAACAGUGCAUGUUAUCAAUUUAGAAACGGGAAACAUUUCUUCCUCCUUUCUGGGACAUACUUCGCCAUAUACCGAUGAACCGUGUGAGGUUUGGACAACGCUCUGGCUCGACACCAAUUGCAUCCUAUCGGGUGGCGAAGAUAAUUUACUAAAACUAUGGGAUUUGCGGUCAGAUACAAAACAACCAAUCAGUGUUAACAAGACACAUCAGUGCGGUGUCAUUUCUCUUCAUACGGAAAAUUCGAAGUACAUUAUAAGUGGUUCUUAUGAUGAUCACCUACGUCGUAUCGAUCUCAGAAAUUUCGCUCAAUACAUUCUUGACAAAAAGAUGAAUGGUAGUGUAUGGAGCAUACGUAUUGCUGAUGAAAAUUCCUAUAUUGUCUCUUGCAUGUACGGUGGUUGGACAAUGAUCAAGAAAAAGAAUUUUGAUAUUCUUCAGGAAAACAAAGAACUAGGCGAGAAAUUAUUAUACGAUGCGGAUUUCUCACCACAAGCUUCCGUCAUCGCUUCCUGCACUUUCAAUAAUUAUACCGUAAAUUUCGAAACGAUAUAAAUGUUGAUUACUGUGAAAGCUCAUAGUUUGGGUAAUUUAUAAAUUAUACAGGAUCUGAUUCCACUAUCAUCCUGUUUGGUUACAUGUAUAAAAUCAAGAUCAUAUUA